GCAGCGAGGGUGGGUGCCUCCUCCGUUGGAACUAUCCCCCUUGACAACAGAGAACCCGCGACCAUUCUCUCUCACCCUCGGCGGCGAGCAAGCCCCGCUUUCCGCGCACGUUAAUUCCUCGCAACGCGGAAACCGCGCGUCCGAUCAAUCGAGUCCAGGUGCUUGGUGCGAUCAAUCCGGCGAUCUCGUGUACGAACGUCGUCGUCGUCGUCGUCGUCGUCGUCCUCCUCUCAGGGAGGAGGAGGAGGAUCCGCACGACGUGCUCGGACGACGUGAACGACAAGCCUCCCGUUCGUUCAGUUUCAGCAUGGAGUGCCCCGAAGCGGUAGAACGAGGUCGGAAUUUUCGUCUACUUGCUGAAGAGGAGCUGUCGAAACUCUUAGAUUUUCUUACGGGAUAUUUGCCUGAGUCGCUGAAGUUUCAUCAGACUGUAUUAACUUACAUGCGAAAUAGAGUCUGGGAAUUCCAUUUCUACGUGGCUAACGAUUGGCCUGAAGAUGCAAUCUGCUUACAUUUUCCCGGAAUGACGUUAUCUCCGCACGGUUUGGUAUAUGAGAGCGUCGGUGUCUUCUGCCCGAACGAUCGGCUGGACCUGCUGCGUCUUUUCCGGGAGGAGGAUAUUCUCGUAGACUGGUCGAGACCUUUGUACAUUAAUUUUGCUCAUUACGAUAUCGCCGAGGAGCUGACGCGCCUUUACGAAGGUACCGGCACUAUCGAGACUGUCGUGGGCGAUGUCUGCGCGUGCGAGGACUUUGAGCAUGGCGCGGAAAGCGGGGAAUUGUGUAAGGACGGCGAUCCCGAUGUCCAGGUGUUGCCUCUCAAGGCGGAACACGCCGAAGGAAUUCACGAGUUGUAUCCGGCGAACGACAUGGAGUGUCAUGAACUUUUUCUCCGUCUCAUCAGGACUCUACCGGCGGCAGGCGUGUUCGUGAAGGGUAGCCUGGCCGCCUGGAUGGUCCAGUCCUAUUACGGAGCUAUGUUCUCCAUGCAAACCAAGCCGGAACACCGUAGAAAAGGUUACGGGACGAAAUUAGUAAGGUACCUGACAAAACGCGUAGCCGAGAAAGGAUAUUAUCCAUUUGUAGUUAUACGUCCAGAGAACGAAGCUAGCCACAGUCUGUAUAAGAAGCUGGGCUUCAGACGGCUUUACCAACUUGUACGAAUGACUUUUACGCCUUCCAUGUGGCAAGAGAGCGAAAACGACGCAAACAUUCUUAGGGAUAACUUGGAAAACGCCGUCAGGCAGCUUAGCCUCGAGCAGAGGGUAAUAACGGCGCUGCGCGAUCAGAAGGAGAGCGAAGAAACGAUACAAGAUCCCGCGGGAAUCGCGUCAAUUGUUGAAAAGGAGGGAGAAGAGGGUGAGGGGGGUGCCAACGAGGAGGAUCUUCUCGAGACUAUCGAGGAACAGUCUGAGGAGAGGAUAGACACAGCGGGAGACAAUGCAGAUGACCCGGUGGCCGAAGAGGCAUCGGAAACUGCGCAAAUUGACGAUUCUAAUAACGACUGCGGGACGGACGUCGCGGGUGACGACGAAUAAAUUUAUAGGGAACGUUUAUACGAUAAACAACGGUCCAUAAUUCACGUUUUUCUUGCUCGAAGAUACGCUCUUCGCCACGAGGCGUUGAUAAGCAGCGAGAUAAAUUGCGAGCGGAAGUUAUGACUCGCGUUACUCAUUCUUAUGAGUCUAUAAAGUUCUUAGAGACGGUAAGCCAAACUUCCUGUAUAUCUUUUGUAAUAGUCAUUCAUGCCUGUUUACUUUGAUAAUGAUAAAAAUUUGAUGAUUCGUAUGAAUUAUAUUCAAUAAUGAUUUAUAAUUAAUACCACAUUACUUUCGAAUUAUUAUCAUAUAAAUUGGCAAUUUUUUUUUUUAUAAAAUAUAGUAUAGCCGAUAUUGUAUCGAACAAGUUUUCAAUUGUAUAUACAAACGUCUGUGCGAGAGCAAAUGUCUUCUUCGAGCGAUAAAAACGCGCCGAAAGAGUCAAAGAUAGAAAAUAUUUUAAGAGAUUUUGACAAUUACAUAGCACCGCGUUCGUGCGAGGCUUCAAUUCGCGUACGAAGAAUCAAAAUUCCUCGUAUGAUUCCUCAUAUCAGACUCUUUCCAAAAAAACAUGAAAAUCUCAGGUGUCGGAUAGCUACGUACGUUUGGGUUGCCAGUGUUAUAUCUCGUCGAAGUCUAUCCGAUCGUGUAUCGUUCUUCUUGUUGCGUUGGUACAAAUACAUAAUUUGACAUAAAGAUCGUCAGUGUUAUCAAUUAUUUGUUAUAUAAACGCGUUUAAUAUAUUCAAAUAUUUCUGAAUAAAUUAAAUAAAGUUGUCGUAUAACAACAAUUGUCAUGUGAUGGUUAACAAUGUCUAUAUGCGUUUUAUCUGUUUGUUCUAAGUGUUUCUCGUUUUCGCCACAAUUAUCAAUAAACAAUAUACAUUGAUGUGGCGUAUAAUGAUAUAUAUAUAUUUAUUAGAAGAUUACGUAUUAUAGAAUUUC